GCCAGUGGAAAACCAAACACGUUCUUUGUAAGAACUUGUUCAGCACCAACUAAGAACAGCACUGGCCCCGACCCCGGCCCCCAACAAGUUUUUUUUGCGUGCUACACCGCCCUUACGGCAGCAAUGGCAUCUGUAAAGCUGAAGGUCACAUUGUCACAGAAUAGAAUCUGUCUUUGUCCUGCAAACUGGAAAUUCCAUGAAUACAUUCACUGCAGUUGAAUGAGAAAUGUUAUAAUCUGAGCAACAGCGUUGGCUUUUUUUUAUGGAGACAUUUUUCUUUUGCUUUUCAAUGAAAAUGCAAUGAAGCUUGUCAAGUGGUUUUAUGCAUGGCCUGACUCCCAAAUGUUGAAUGUGUGACAUUUUGAUAGGGAGGCACAUCUCACUCUUCAAUCAUGAGUUUUCUUGAGCAGAAUACUGAAAACUAAGUUGUUCAUGAUUCUACACAACAGAAGCAGAUGCCUAUUUAUGUGGAUGUUAAUGACAGGUCUUUUUUUUGUGCCCCCAUUGAUUUACGUUGAUGAAUUUUCUUACUCUUACCAUUGCUGCACACGUUCUGCAUUGCAAUGGCUCUGCCGUUCUGGGAUUCUUAUUUUUUUUGGCUCUGGAUUCAGGAAAGAGAGGUGUACAUCGGUGUCUACAUUAUGCUUCAGCUCCAAGACUUUGUGAGUUUGAAGGAUUGCGAGUUUUGCUCUUAGAAGGGAUUGAGUCCCAUGCUUGGUAGUCUGGGAAAGGGCUGAGUGGAAUUUGUUUCUCCUUGUAUGUAUGUGAACAGAAAUUUUGUGGCGUAAAACAACCAGCCACUCUCCGAGGUAAGUUCAAAUGUUUGUUGUUAUAUUUCUGAACUGGCACGAGUCUACUCAUAGUGUUCAACUUGACAGUCAUCACGCCACCCAUUUUUAUGAUCCAUUCCAUUCGCCCCUAGUCCCUCCAGUCACAUUGCUCCGGGAAGUGGAAAGCCAAGAAUCCUUUGAAGGAGAAUGUGUUACUCUGCUCUGUGAGCUUUCUAAGCCGGGACUUCUUGUCGAGUGGAAGAAAGGAACUCAACUCCUGAGUUGUGGCGAAAAGUACCAGAUGACACAAAAUGGAUUCCGUUAUGAACUGCACGUCUUGGAUUUGAGACCUAGUGACACAGGAACAUAUUCAUGCUCUUGGGAGGACGCGACAAGCACUGCCACACUUCAAGUCAAUGUUCGCCCAGUCACUUUUACAAAAGAGCUGGAAGACCAAAGAGCUGAUGAGGGCCAAAGCGUGGCUCUGCAGUGUGAGCUCUCCAAAGCCGGCGCCCCUGUCGAGUGGAGGAAAGAAGAACUCGGUCUAUGUCCCUGUUCCAAGUAUGACAUUAGACAAAGCGAGCGCACCGCCACGCUUGUAAUCCACGACGUAGACAAAGACGACAUGGGCUGUUAUACGUGCGACGCUGGUUUCCAUCAAAGCACAGCCUAUGUGGCUGUGAAGGGUAUGCUUGCCAUUUCGGGUUUACUAGCUUGUCGAAAGCGGGGCACGCACGGAACGAAAUGGCCCAUGUGCUCUUACUGUUCUCAUAGCGAGGGACUGAUUCAACGUUGGUAUGACACAGAACACGCCACACACACUUAACAGUUUGUCCAACAACACUAAAUUGCCACCACCUCCGCCCACUCCAAAAACGUGCAAUUAAACAUGACGUGACACACAGAUGGAAAUGUACUGAGUGACAAUGCAUAGAAAUGUCUUGCCUCCAUCUUCUCCUUGGAGAAGUCACAAAAUGUCAUUAAGUGGAAGCUCAGGCAGGGUGAUGAAAC